CAAACCUCUCUGUUUGUCUUCAUGUGUACAUUGUCUCUGAUCGGGUUGAUAUUCAUAGUGGCUUGCAUCUUCUUUAAUGUUACCUUCAAGUCAUACCGGCAAAUCAAGAUGUCGUCCCCGAAUAUGAAUACUUUAAUAUCCAUCGGGUGCAGUUUGGCGUAUAUCAGCGUAAUCCUACGGGGGAUUAAUGGCUCAAUCCUGAAAGAGCCGCUAAACAUUAUGUGCAAUCUAUCUACCUGGUCCCUUUCUCUGGCCUUUACCUUGUCAUUCGGCAGUUUAUUCUCAAAGACGUGGAGGGUUUACGUAAUAUUUACCAACAAGGCUGUCAAACGAAAGGCAAUAAAAGAUAUUCACCUAGUCGGCAUAGUUGUCUGCCUUUUAUUUCUGGAUGUGUUAUUUUUAUCUCUAUGGGCUGGCCUAGAUCCACAAAAGGUGCGACGGAGGGACCUUUUAAAAGAGUACGAUGAAAACACGGAUGUCUUGCGAAUUCCCUACAUUUAUACAUGCGAAGCAAGACACAAAGCUUACUGGUUAACAGCCAUUUACAGUUCGAAAGGCCUUUUACUCAUGUUCGGAAUUUUCUUUGCUUGGCAAACACGGAAAGUGACAUUGGUUGCGUUGAAUGACUCCAAAGAGAUCGGAUUGUGUGUUUACAACGUGAUGGUAAUGGCCGCGGUAGGUGUACCAGUUGUGAACUUCAUGGACAGUGAACAGGUUGACAUCCUAUAUGGUCUUGAGGCUACAUGUAUCAUUCUCUGCACGACAGUUACCCUGUUAUUGGUGUUUGCGUCGAAGAUGUAUAGUAUCUACCAGUAUGGCGAUCACAUGACUGGAAACAGGCGUGUAGUACCGUCAGACGAUAAUCAAAAACCAGGACCUAGCAAUUCGAGCGCCGCUGGGAAUGUUGAUCAUCUCAAAUGUAAAGUGGAGAUGAUAAAAUUGAAUGACAGGAUUCAAAAACUACAGGUUGCCUUGAAUAGAGCUGGCUUUCAAGAUGCAGCGAUCGCUUUUAAGAAUGAUGAUAUUGAAACAAUCGAAGAUAUUGCCACCGUAGACCUUGUUGAGAAUGUACCACCAGGUGUUUUGUGGACAAAUGUUGAAUCCAUAAACAGUAAGACGCUCGCCAAUCCAGUCACUGAAUAAAUGGAUAU